CUCCUCUCUCUCACACUCACUCACAGCCUCAUCACUGGAGGACCAAAGCUCAGCAUCUUCAGACUCAUCCUCUCAUGGUCCACACCAACAACCGCAGUCAUGAAUGUAGGAAUCUGUGUGUGUGUUCUCCUGGCUGCUCUGUCCAGCGGUUCCCUGAGUCUGCACUCACAGUUCAUGUCACAGAGAGCUGAGGGUGAGGCUUUCAUGUCAGACAGCCUUCCUCCCCCCUCACCCAACCACACACGCCAGACCCGCUCAGCUCCAGCGCCCCCCUCAGAGCGGCUCACCAACUACAACCAACCCCAGGAGGACACAAAAGAUCGAAACAGCCUGAGCCAGCUCCUGGCCAGACUCAUCUCCAGGAAAGGCUCUCCCCACCAGACCAGAUCCUCCCUCACCAGCAGAGCCAGUGGCCUAGCCCCAGGCCAUAGGAUAAAGGACAGAGAUUAUCUUGGCUGGAUGGACUUUGGAAGACGCAGUGCGGAGGAGUAUGAAUACUCCUCCUAAAGGCAUGGCUUGCUUUCGCUGGAAACCUUAGUUACAACCCCCAACACCGCCAAUAAAAGCUCACAAAGAUAAUGAGCUCUUUUCACACUGCACUUAUUGUAACCCAGGGCUGACUUGACUGGAUCCUAGUAUGAGUUUAGCAUCAUAUAAGGAGAAGAGUAGAGUAAUUUAGAAAGGACAGAUCCUGCAAUCUGAAUCUCUGUGCUGAACAUCAGAUCACUUUCCAAACUACCCCCCACAGCAUGUCAACAUGAUAUUUAAGCACUAAAUUGAAAGGAUAUAAUAUUUUGUAUUGUUGUUACUGUCAUGACAAGAAUCCCAACAGUGUGUUAGUCCAUCUCUUAGUGGGUUCACUUCCUCAACCUGUCUGUGGCUCUCAGCCACAAGCCCACUUGCUCCUACUGAAGAUCUAUAUCUAAAAAAAAAAAAACACAUCCAAACAGACAAAUACUUUUAUUUUUGACAAAGACUCAAAAAAUUCUGAGCACUAUAGUUUUUAAGCAGCGUCACUCAAAAAGGAAUAAAUUAUGCGUUUGUUGGGGACUACUUUCAGCAGUGGAUUAAUACAGAUUUGGUGCUCUAGUAAGUAUUUACAGCAGCGGGACAGUGUAUGUGGGUUAAAUUUAAAAUAAACUACAACAGCAAUGAAGGAACAUUUCACUGAGUGUUACGGUGUGGCUCAUUUUUGUGUUUUUAAUAGUGUUUGGACCACAGUGGAGCUCUAUGCACAGAGGGAUACACCACACUACACAGAAAACACAUUGGUAAAAUCAAUUCAUUGUUGGUUUUGGUUUUGGUUUUCAUAGCAUUUGUAAGAAAACAGGGGUCAAACUUUUACUGGUGUUAAGAGCUCAACAGACAUUUGCUCAUAAGUCUGAUGCAAACUGAGUAAAGUCAUGUGUUUUUAAGUUUCAAUACUUUUCACAUUUGGGAGGUAAAAAAACAGACUAUCAAGCAAGAACUUUGCAAAAACCUGCUCCUUAAAUAUGAAUUUCAGCCUCAUUCCAGUGAGAGAAACUGGUGUGUCUUUGCCUGGUGGCUCAAAUUUAUGCCACUCAGAGUGGUCUUAAAAUUACUAAUUUGACUGAAAAUUCAGAAUGUAUCUGAGGCCUUAUAUUGGACCGUAAUGAGCCACUAAGGUGUCUCUGGCAAUUGAACCAAAAGUGGGAUUUAAGUCUGUAUCUUUGAUUUGUAAUUUAAAGCACUCAGCUAACUGCAGCCCAGAGCUUCAAUCCAUUUCAACUUUACACAAGUGCACAGUAAAGAAAAGAAGAAAAUUUCAUAUUAUACCAUUUGCAACUAGAGAAAACAGAGAGACACGAUAGUCAGUAACAGCAGCUCUAAAACAGCAACAACUUUCACCUUUCCCACCCUGCCUGCUGAAGGUAACCCUGGGCUCAAACUGUGCAGUGUGAAAAGCACAGGACAUGUUUUGGAAAGCACACGGUGUUGUCUAUAAGAGACGUUUGGGAGUUUCUCUAUCAUUUCAUAAUGGACUUUGGUGCCGCACAGUUAAAAUCAGGAAAACAAGUUCUAUAGAUAUGAGAAGAGGAGUAUUUCUGAGUGUUUUUGAAAGAUCAUUAUGUAUGUAUGUAUGUAUGUAUGUAUGCACUCUUAAAGGUUAAGACUCUGUAAUAAAUACCAUGUUUCUACCAACUUUCAGAUCCAGUAUAAUUCAAAAUAAAGCUCCAUUCUCUGACGUCAGCAAGAAAUGCAAAUCCAUUUUUUUGGGAUAAUGAUUUUAUUAUGUCUGGAGGCUGCAGCUGGUGCGCCGAUCGCAAGCAUUUCAUGUAGCCACUGCCUGUGUUCAGGAAUGUUCAUAAUCCACAGAAGCCAGGACAUUAUCAUUAGUGUCUAUUGGUAAUGUAGAUCAGGCUCUUCCAGGAUUAGCACUUGGUUUAAUGAGCUAGUUUUCUGAACAGGAAAUAAAUUUAACUCAGUUUAAUCCUGUUUUAGAAGUAUCUCUCUUAAAUUUCAUUCCGUUGUUACUUUAAAAAGAUUAAUGUCAGCCAUCUGCAUUAAUCCUCAUUAGUGAGAGUGUGUGCACACAGGUCAUUCUAAUGGUCUGCUGUCGUUGACUGAACAGAAGCUGCUGUAAAGAACAACGUGGUCCAUGUCCUCCUGGGAAAUGAAACUAAACUUCGCUACAACUACAACUAAUUUUAUGCCUGUAGGUGGAUUAAAUCAAUGAAGAGCAAACACCUAAAUGGUGAACAUCAAGUGAAAGUGAAAGGUUCUCCGUCACACAGCUGAACAUAAACCUGAAUGCACCCUGUGGUAGAGAAAAUGUAAUAAAAUCAAGCUUUUAGUUUGGAGAUACUUGUGUUGACUCCAGAAAAUACAUGAUCAUGUAUCAGAUGUAAAUUAAAUUUGCUUGUAAAACUGA